CUGUGCUAUAAACAGCCUCAGUGUCCCACACUGAAUAACUGCAGAGCACACUCAGGAGCUCUGGACACUUGUGCUCUUUAGUAGUAGGAGAAGCUUAAUGUCAACAAUAUGGGGCAUCAGGUGAUAAUAUUUGACUUUUCUGUCAUAAGAGGACUCUGGGAAACUCGAGUUAAGAAGAACAAAGAACGUCAGAGGAAGGAGAAAGAAAGAUUAGAACAAAGUGCAUUGGAGAGGAUAAAACAGGAAUGGAAUUUGAUACUAGAGUGCCGUAAGAAAGGUAUUCCUCAAUCAAAAUACCUCAAGAAUGGCUUUGUAGACAUCAAUGAGAAGAACCUGGAGACUCGUGAAAAGACUCCUCAGCUCAAGAAGAGUCAUGCCUUGUCAGAUGGAGUAAAUAAGGAACAAAACAAGUUUAUUUUUCAGCUUUCUGGAGAGCAGUGGACGGAACUCCCAGAUUCCCUAAAAGAACAGAUCUAUCUGAAAGAAUGGCAUGUAUACAACACAUUGAUACAAACCAUUCCAGCCUACAUUGCACUGUUUCAAGAUCUGAGAGUACUGGAAUUGUCAAAAAAUCAAAUCAACCAUCUUCCAUGCAGAGAUUGGUGAGUUGGCUGCUUAAAAAACCUCAAAGUGCUCAAUGUGAGUUUCAAUAAUUUGAAGGCAGUUCCUCCAGAAUUGGGUGAUUGUGAGAAUCUAGAAAAACUGGAUUUGUCUGGAAACAUGGAAAUAACAGAGCUCCCAUUUGAACUAAGUAACCUGAAACAACUCACAUUUAUGGAUGUGUCAGCAAACAAGUUCCAUUCUAUUCCAAUUUGUGUACUCCGGAUGUCUAGUUUGCAGUGGUUGGAUAUCAGCAGCAACAGCCUGAAGGAUCUCCCAGAAGACAUAGACAGGUUAGAUGAAUUGCAGACACUUCUCCUACAGAAAAACAAGUUGACUUAUCUUCCACGAGCUCUUGUCAAUAUGCCAAAGCUCAGUUUGCUAGUUGUCAGUGGUGAUGACCUGGUUGAGAUACCCACAGCCAUCUGUGAAUCAACCACAGGUUUAAAAUUUGUAAGUCUCAAGGACAGUCCGGUUGAAACAAUUGUAUGUGAAGACACUGAAGAAAUUAUAGAAAAUGAACGUGAACGUGAGCAAGUUGAGAAAGAGUUUAUGAAAGCAUACAUUGAAGACCUGAGGGAAAGGGAGUCUACUCCUUCCUACACUACAAAAGUAAUGCUCAGUCUCCAGCUCUGAAGAUUAAAAAUCUCUAUAUCUCUACUGAACAUCUGAAUAACUCUCUUUUUAUCCACCUGAAUAGUAAACACAUGAAAAUAUAGAUGGCCACAAUGACAUCAAAAUCAUAUUGAAUUAUUUAUUUGUUUCUGUAGUCAUUUCAAGUAACUACAGAUAAAACAAGGAGCAGUAGAACUUCAUAAGAUGCUGUUUCACAUUUUUAGUCAACAUGUUUAUUUUCAAGUUCAGAGGAAGAGCCACUAAUUUGCAUGUAGACCUGCUGAAAAUAAAUAUGCACUGCAAUUAAGUAUACACAGGCAUAGCUGAAGAAUGAAGACAUUGUAUGUUGUAGUUGAAACAGUGAAACACAAAACAUGCUCUUAGGAAGAGAUUUUAUUUUAUAAAAGGGGAUAGACUUAUUUAGAAAAUGAAUGUAAUCUGUUGUUUUCUUAAGACCAAACACACAUGUAGGUAUUUACAAUAUUCAAAUGAGAAGACACCUGUAGUUUGCAUUUGCAUUCUAUUCUGCAAGAAAAUUGUCCUUGGAAUUUUCAGUUUAGAUAAGUUUCAACAACUUUACACAUAGAAACAGUAGCAGCUCUCCUUUUUUUUCCAAGCAUAUUUUAAGCUUUUAUCUGUUUGCAAAUUCAAGUACCAAUGUGAUUGAAAUUUCUGUGCUAAGCAGUCUUAUAUUAUAAUAAGCAAGAUUUUAAGGCACUAAGUGUUGUCAGCUAAUACUAACAGCAAAAUGGUGAUGCAGAUCUUCUAUUAAUGGUUUCAGAUCACAGGAUUUUGUGGACAUUUCGAAUUUUCCAAGUUGUGUAAGAAUGAGUUUGCUGGUAAAACAUUAUUUUGCUUGUUAUUUAAUAAUCUGUUUAUGUACAAUUAUUUAAGUGUAGAGUUUCAGAAACCUAGUUUACAUGUCCUUUUUGUUUAAUAAAGCAAUCUUUGUAAUCUAAAAAGACUUGAGACUUUGAGAAUUGAGACUCAAAUUAGACUCAAAUUAUAGAAUUUAAAUGGUCCUAAACUUAUGAGUUCCGUUAGGUGAGACAAUAUUUGAAUCUUUUUUUUUUUUUUUUUUGUUAUGGAUGAGCUCUUUUCCAUUUUAUGCAGUAGAUUGUCACUUAAGUAGCCAUAUUUAAAAAGCAAUGAAGAAUAUGCUCCUCAGGCUUCUGUAUAGAAAAAUAAAUUUGUUUUCUUUUCUUUUUAACAUUCUAGCAUUCAAACUUUUAAAAGAAAAAAAAAUAAAUAAUAAGUGUGUUCUUUAUUCCACUUAUAGUAUUCUGCAGUUAUAUUACUAUCAAAAUGAAACUCACACAAAUUAGUCUCUAGGUGUUAAUGCAGAUUGUAAGCAAGUUCUGAUCUAAGGGGAAGUUUAAAAAAAUAAAAAUAGUUGACAUUGAUCUGAAGCAGAAAAAUAGAAGACAAUUUUCUUAUUAUUAUGAAGAAAUUGAAAUAGGAAAAAGUAGUGUCAAAGAAUUUUAGAGAAAUUAGGCUUAGUGAAACUAUUCUACCAUACUUUUUAAAACUGAAAUUAUAAAUUUACUUGAUUAAGUAUUGAUAUGUAUAUAAGAAACUUCUGUAAGACAUCUGUUCUGAUAUUGCUAGAAAUUCUAUUUCUAGAAUUCUGUCAUAGUCUAAUAUGAUCCAGUGAAAAUUUUAAGAAUGGAAAUCACAAAGUCUGUGUUUAUAGAAUGGAGUUGUAAGUACAAAAAACUAGAGAUGCAAACACAGUUAACAAAACAAAAGUGCCAGUGCAAAUUCUACUAUCAGCAGUAUUGGAUAUAAACAGAAAGUACAUGAAUAGAGAAGUUGUAUUGUAUUCUUAGCAUUGCUUCUAAUUUGACUCAAAAAUUUUUUGCUGUUCACAGAUAAGAGUGCCACAGAUAAUUUGGGGACAGAAACAAAAAGCUAGCAUAAAUAAAACCCAUGCAUUUUAAAAUUCAUUGAACAGCAUUGUUCACAAAUCAAUAUUUACUUGUCAAUAUUUACAAAUGCAAGAUCAAUGUCUAGAAGCAGGAUUUUUUAAUGCAGCAGGCAAACAUAAGGCAGAGGACUAAAACUUGAAUUCACAUGUCUGAAUUAGAAACAAAAAGUCUGUUUCUCUGUAAAAGUAACCAUGAGAUGACUUAUAAAACACAAAUUCUCAAUCACCAAUAAUCUUUAAGUUAGAAUUAACACUUUCCUGAAAGAAAUCUGUAGCAAUUAAGUCAUGGAAAGUGCAAGGUCAGUAUUAUACAGGAGGUUCAAAUAGUGUUCUCUAACUUGACUUCAGACAUCUGUCAAUGCAAUUUUCAAGGAAUCACAGAUUGAUUCAGUUGGAAGGGACAUCCAAAGAUCAUCUAUCCCAAUCCCUCUCUCACAGACAGGGACAUCUUUCAUUAGAUCAGGUUUUUCAAAGCCCAGUCCAAGCUGACUGUGAAUAUUUCCCAUGAUGGGGCACCCACAACAUCAAGUGACUGACCAGCCUUGUCAUAAAAUUUCCCUAUUUCAGUUUCUUACUGAAACUCACCCUUUGUCUUUUCUCUAAAAAUCCUGCUAAAAGUGUCUUUCUGCAAGGUUCUCUUAAGCCUAUUUGUAUUGAAGGGCUGCAAUAAGACUUCUUUUCUCCAGGCUGAACAACCUCAACUCUCAGCCUUUCCUCAAAGGAGAGGUGUUUCAGCUCUUUUCUCAAAGAAGAGGUGUUUCAGUGAUUUUUGUGGCUGUCCUCUGGCUCUACUCUAGCAGGGCUAUAUCUCUCUUGUGCUAAGAAUGAUGCAAUACUUCAGGUAGAGUCACAGGAGAGCAGAGCAGAGACUCCCCUCCCUUGACCUGCUGGCCUUGCUCCUUUUGUUGCAGGGUAGGGCUGGUUUUCUGGGCUGCAAGAACACAUAACAAGCUCAUGAGGUCUAUUUUACAUUCAUUAGUAUCCCCAAGUCCUCCACAGGGCUGAGAGCUUUUAAUCCUAGCUCUUGUAGAACAUUACUUCCUCAAAU